CCAUGUUUUUCACAUAUAUCACAUAAUAAAGAAGGGAAAGUAAAACCAUGCAAUUUACAUGAAUAAGUGGGUGAGGGAUUGAAUAAAUCACUUGAAUUGGGCACAAAAUACAUCAUAAAAUAUGGGUUUAUUAACCAUGCAUAAGCCGCAUUGAUUAAAUGAAAAGACAGAACCCAAAUCCAUUGCUCCACCAAAAUGUCAAAGGUUUCUAGAUACUGUCUUGCUCGAAAGAUCCAGUCCUCGACCCCUUCGCCGUCAAACAUUGGCAGAUCGACCACUUUCAAUUUGCGAGGCCAAUGUGGUUCCCCAUACAAGCUAACCGAGCCUAAUCUUUCCAUUGUGCCAUCAUUGUUGUUCAGCGGUUCAUCGGACUUAGCUUUUAGUUUCAAAUAAUCGUAGAGAAGCUUCUCGAUGGAUCAUAGCAAGGAAUCCAUGGUUGUAAGUUGCGAUUAAAUUUCCGCAAUUCGUUCAUUAGUCUUUUCAAGUCCUCGACUCAAUGUUGCAACCUCAUGCUUGUUAGAGAGGUGUUGAGAUGGGAACAGACUACCUAGUUACCAUCAACUUUGCAAUAAUGCAUUCCCAUGUCCUAUCAGUCUCGCAACAUUCCAUUCAACGUUUGCCGGGUAUUUCGUUUUCGAAGACAAUGAAUGAUUCAAGUUCAGACUAUCAAUUGAACCAGGACGAAUUGGACUAUUGUUUUGAAUCAAAUCAAGUGGUUGAGUUGAACCUUUUAGAUGGUGGAUGUGUGGUGCAGUCAAAUUUUAGCCAUUAUCAUGGACAUAUUAUGAAUUAUCAAUUUAGAGAUUCAAGAGAAUACGACAAAUUUUUCGAUGUUUAUGUAAAGGCAUUUCGGUGUUUUGUUACAUAGUUUCAGUAUAAUCUAUGCAAUAUUUUUUUUAUGGAA